CGUUCACACUACUCAAGACUAAUGACUUCAAUCGUCCCAAAUAAUGACGAUAAUAAUUACUACUCAAGACUGACUACUUCUAUUGUACCUGAAGUACGAACAUUCAAUAUCAAUAGACAAAUGACAUCAGAUAUUACUAAUAGUGAUACUAAACAUUAUCAAGAAAAAUGGAAAAGACAAUUAGAAGAA